GGAUAUGACCUGCUGUGUGCUUUCUCUUUUUUGUUCAGAUCACCAAAGGAGAUUAAGACCCCGUUUUCUCCCAUCUCUGGAAAAUUAUCAUCUGAUGCAGUCACUCAGAUAACAACAGAGAGUCCAGGAAAAACCAUGUUUUCAUCUGAGAUUUUUGUUAAUGCUGAAGAUCGUGGACAUGAUAUUCCAGAGCUCAGUACACAGAAGUCGGGCAAAGUUCCUGUCAAGUUUGCUUCAUCAUCUUCAGUCCAACAGAUUACUGUUCUUCAUGGCACAGAUGGCCAGCCUUUACUGUUGCCAUAUAAGCCUUCUGGUAGUACAAAGAUGUACUAUGGGCCCAAUAUGGCGGCGCCCAGUGGCGGUGUGAGCUGUGAGGAGUUCGCCGAGUUCCAGGAAUUACUCAAGGUGAUGAGGACGAUUGAUGACAGAAUAGUACAUGAAUUAAACACUACGGUUCCAACAGCUUCCUUUGCAGGGAAAAUUGAUGCCAGCCAAACCUGUAAACAACUUUAUGAGUCUUUGAUGGCGGCUCAUGCCAGUAGGGACCGAGUCAUAAAAAACUGUAUAGCUCAGACCUCAUCAGUAGUAAAACAGCUCCGAGAGGAGAGAGAAAAGAAUUUGGACAAUUUAACGUUAUUAAAGCAACUUAGAAAAGAACAGACAAAGUUGAAAUGGAUGCAGUCAGAACUGAAUGUUGAAGAAGUGGUAAAUGACAGGAGCUGGAAGGUGUUUAAUGAACGCUGCCGAAUUCACUUCAAGCCUCCAAAGAAUGAAUAAAAAGAUACUUUUUUUUAAAAAAGGACCGGGUCAUCUCAUAGGAGUUAAGCAUGAGAGACAUCAACAUGGUGGGCUUCCCAGGAAGAUUUCUGAGCCAACAGUCCAAGACCUUUUGUUGAUUUCAGCCCCACUUACCCAAGACCUCAAGUAUAAAUAAUUCUGAUAAUUAUGGAGAAAUCAACUGCUAUUUUAUACUGAUUCUGUAA